GGUGCGGGGCGGGGUCAUCCGGGCCCGCAGGUGGAGCGGGGCUGGCCCCAUGUGCGCGGUUGGAGGCGGUUCCGCUCCCUGCUUCUGCGGCGCGCAGCGGCUCGGACUUAGUUGGGGCCGGGAGGCGGCUCCCUGCUGCUGCCCGUCCCCGCUCCGCUCCAGCAUGGCUUUCGCUAAUUUCCGCCGCAUCCUGCGCCUUUCCACCUUCGAGAAGCGGAGGUCCAAGGAGUACGAGCACGUCCGCCGCGACCUGGACCCCGGCGAGGUGUGGGAGGUGCUGGGGGAGCUGGGCGACGGAGCCUUCGGCAAGGUCUACAAGGCCAAGAACAAGGAAACCGGAGCUUUAGCGGCUGCCAAAGUCAUUGAAACAAAGAGUGAAGAUGAACUGGAGGAUUACAUGGUGGAGAUUGAAAUACUGGCAACCUGCGAUCACCGGCACAUCGUCAAGCUGCUGGGAGCCUUUUAUUGGGAUGGCAAGCUCUGGAUCAUGAUUGAGUUCUGCCCAGGCGGGGCGGUGGAUGCCACCAUGCUGGAGCUAGACCGGGGCCUGACCGAACCUCAGAUUCAAGUGAUUUGCCGCCAGAUGUUGGAAGCCCUCCAUUACCUCCACAGCAAGAAGAUCAUCCACCGUGACCUGAAGGCAGGCAACGUGCUCCUCACCCAGGAUGGGGACAUCAAGCUCGCUGACUUUGGAGUGUCUGCCAAAAACAUGAAAACGUUGCAGAAGAGAGACUCCUUCAUUGGCACCCCUUACUGGAUGGCCCCGGAGGUGGUGAUGUGUGAGACCAUGAAGGACACUCCGUAUGACUACAAGGCAGACAUCUGGUCUCUGGGCAUCACGCUGAUUGAAAUGGCCCAGAUUGAGCCACCCCAUCAUGAGCUCAACCCCAUGAGAGUCCUGCUGAAGAUUGCCAAGUCUGACCCCCCCACGCUCAGCUGCCCUUCCAAAUGGUCCCUGGAGUUCAGAGACUUCCUGAAGAAGGCGCUGGACAAGAACCCAGAGACCCGGCCCAGUGCUGCCCAGCUGCUGGAGCAUCCCUUCGUCAGCAAGGUGACCAGCAACCGUGCCUUGCGUGAGCUGGUGGCCGAGGCCAAGGCUGAGGUGAUGGAAGAGAUCGAGGACAGUCGGGAUGAAGCAGAAGAAGACGACUCGUUGGAGUCUGCCUUGCCCCCUGGUAAGCACAAGCGGGACCCCUCCGAGGCAAGUCAGAUGAGUUUCGAUGGGGAGAAGCCUCCAGAAUCUCCCUUGCCCAAGGCAGUGAACGGGCCUGUGGUGACUGGCAAGGAGAGCACAGAUGGACAUAGCGAUAAACUCUCAAGUGAAAGGAUAAACGGUGACAGUGGCAAGCUGGAGAGCAACCACUCCACAAAAGCCCUUGCCAGCUCUGCCACCUCGGCCACCCAGGGCAAGCCGGACAUCAUCUUGCAGCCCAGCCGGCUCAGUAACUCAAUGGAGGGGGAGAAGCAGCCUGGGCCAGGCAGCAAGGAGCGGAAGAGCAUCGUGGAGCGACCAGAGAGCAGCCACCUGGAGACCUUAAUGGAGGAAAAGCUUGCAAAUGGGAGCUUGGAUUCCCCAGCUCCGUUCCCUGGCAGCCGGUCCAAAGGGGAUUCGGAUUCUGGCAGCACUUCAGCCUCUGAAAGUAUGGACCUCACCAUCUCCCUGUCUGCUGACCUGUCCCUCAACAGGGAGAGUGGCUCUAUCUCCCCGAAGGAUUCCCGGAUGCACAAGAAGACGUUAAAGCGCACCCGCAAGUUUGUGGUGGAUGGAGUAGAGGUGAGCGUCACCACCUCGAAAAUCAUCAGUGAGGAUGAGAAGAAGGAUGAAGAGAUGAGGUUUCUCAGGCGCCAGGAGCUGCGGGAACUGCGUCUCCUUCAGAAGGAGGAGCACCGAAACCAGGCCCAGCUCAACAGCAAACACCAGCUGCAGCUGGAGCAGAUGCUCAGGCGCUUUGAGCAAGAAAUGGUGGCAAAGAAGAAAUUCUAUGACACUGAACUGGAGAACCUCGAACGACAGCAGAAGCAGCAGAUUGAGAAGAUGGAACAAGAUCACUCGCUGCGCCGGCGAGAGGAGGCCAAGCGCAUUCGCCUGGAGCAGGAGCGGGACCAUGUCAAAUUCCUGGAACAGCUGAAGCAGAUGAAGAAGGAGGUCAAGAAUGAGGUUGAGAAGCUGCCACGUCAGCAGCGCAAAGGGAACAUGAAGGUGAAGAUGGAUGACUUUGCCCAGAAAAAACAAACCAUGGAACAGGAGUUUUUGGCCAAGCAGAAGGAAGACCUGGAGCAAGCCAUGAAGAAUAUAACUGCCCAGAACAAGAGAGAGAUCUGCGACAAGGAACGCGAGUGCCUGAACAAAAAGCAGCAGCUCAUGAGAGACCGGGAGGCGUGCAUCUGGGAUCUCGAAGAGUUUCAGCAACAGGAGAAACACCAGCUCAUCAAGCAGCAGCUAAAGGACCAGUAUUUCCUUCAGAGGCAUGAAUUGCUGCGGAAGCAUGAGAAGGAAAGGGAGCAAAUGCAGCGAUACAACCAGCGCAUGUUGGAGCAGCUGAAAGUUCGGCAGCAGCAGGAGAAAGCCCGGCUCCCCAAAAUCCAGAGGAGCGAAGGGAAGACACGCAUGGCCAUGUACAAGAAGAGCCUUCACAUCCACUCCAGCGGGAGUGCAUCUGAGCAACGGGAGAAGAUUAAACAGUUUGCUCAGCAGGAAGAGAAGAGGCAAAAAGCCGAGCGGCUGCACCAGCAGCAGAAGCAUGAGACACAGAUGAAGGACAUGCAGGCCCAGUGUGAGAGCAACACGAACGAGCUCCAGCAGCUGCAGAAUGAAAAGUGUCACCUCUUGAUUGAGCAUGAAACCCAGAAGCUUAAAUCCCUGGAUGAGAACCACAACCAGCACAUGAAGGAGUGGCGAGACAAGCUGAGGCCGCGGAAGAAGGCCCUGGAGGAUGAGCUGAACCAGAAGAAGCGUGAGCAGGAGAUGUUCUUCAAGCUGAGUGAGGAGGCGAAUGGACAGACGCCAGCAUCCCCAACUAAACAUGCCAAGUUCGUCCCAUUCAGCUCUGCAGAGAGCUUGUAACACCCUGCAGCUGGCAGGCCACCGGCUGGCACUUGCUGUGUCCUCCUGGGCUGCAGAGGGGCAACUUGGACUUGGAAGAUCCACCCCCUCAGCAGUCUCUUCUUACAAGAGCACCCUCCUGUCUUCUAGCUCUGUCUGGGAUAAACGUGGCCUGUCCUGCACUGGGAAUGCUGACUGGAAGUUUUGGUGGCUUUCCCAGGAGCUGGCGUGCUCAGCACAGCUCCAGGCUGAGAAGCCGUGCAGGACCCUUUCUGUGUCUGUAUUUGCACUGUUAACUGGAUGCGUCACCUCUCACGUGAGCCUGGUGCUCACUGGGCUUGUCAGCUCAGGCUGAAGCAAUAACUGCUCUGAACAGGAGAAAUGGGAGAUGGCUCCUGACCUCUGCACAGGGGUUAUCAGCCUCUCUUCACUGUGGCUGCUCCUCCUCCCACUCUUCUGUAAGGACAAGUCUCGGGCAGUGCAGCUUUGGCAUUGUCUUAGGCUAACCUUGACCUUGUGAUCCCUUAACACUUGCCUUAGAACUAUUUCUAUCUGCUGUGGCCCCUUUUUUGCUCAGGAGAGAGACAGUGAUGUGGAUAUUUUUUUGCCUUUGAGGAGAGAGGUUUGGGUUUUUCUUUCCUCUUCCUCCCUGUACAGACUGUGCAGAAUGGGGACCAUCUGGACAUCCUUCCAAAGAUGCUUCUGCUUCUUCAUUUGCUAUAAUUACUAGCACCAUAGUCCCUCUGGCAUCGAGCUAACACUGUCUUAUUGGAGGCUGGACUAUGGCAUAAUUAAACUGUUCAGCUGGCUGCAGGCUUUUGUUUCUUAAAGAAGUAUAUGAGUAUGUGCAGAGGCGGAGGUUUGUAAUGGUGUUCAGUCCUGCGGUGGCACGGUGAGAUAUUGACAACAGUCAUGUGUCUUCGGUAAGGACAAGUGAGGGGCCAAGGGGUGUUAUUGCCAGAACCCAUGGUCACACAUGUGCUUGAGAUACUUGAAGUGUUCUCUAUGUGUGGGCCAUAUGGGUCAGCCAGCCUGGCCACUCUGCAGUCAGGGUUACGGGCUGCAAAGCAUCAUUUGGAAGGAAUAAAUGAGUCCUGAAGCAAGGUGUACAAAGGAAGAGGAGGUACAAAGACAGGUUACUGUGCCUUGUUUACUCUCAGCAUCGCCUUCUCCACUGCUGUCUCAUCUCUUUAAGAUGUGCUGCAGUUUCUCAGAUGAUUCCCCUGACUUUCAGCUUAAAGUCACUUGGCAAAGUGGCGGCAGGUCCAGCCCUCUGUCCUUUCUGCUCCAUGGUGAUGUGUCUCUGUUGGACUGCUGUCCUCCACCUGCACAAGGCAGUGCUUGGCUGAGAUGCUGGGUACAACCCAGAGCACAGACCCAGGUGGGGGGACAGAGACCUCUCGGAACAACACCUUCUUUACACCACCAAAAAGUGUAUGGUAGCACUUGUUUUUCUCUCCGUUGAUCUUUGGACAAGUUUGGUUUAGGUUUGCUUCCCUAGCAAGCAAAAAAUGUUUCUUCUUUUAAAAA